GGCAGGAGACCCACCACUUCCCGUUUCCGGCCUAGUGCAUAUUAGGGCCACCAGGAAACCCCACGGGCACACUUCGCCGAAUAUUGCAAAAUUUCAAUUGGAGCUCCCGCCGGCCUCGAAUUUUCGCAUCUUCAACAACCCGCCCAACGUUCAGCCGACAAAACUUGUCCCGACACCUGGACAAGAUGGCCUCCCGUCCCACAGUUACCGUCAUCGGCGCCGAUGGCAAGGCCACCGGUGCCACUGAGGUCCUCCCCAAGGUCUUCAGCGCCCCCAUCCGCCCGGACAUCGUCAAGCACGUUCACACCGGCAUGGCCAAGAACAAGAGGCAGCCGUACUCCGUCAGCGAGAAGGCUGGCCACCAGACCUCGGCCGAGUCGUGGGGUACCGGUCGCGCUGUUGCCCGUAUCCCCCGUGUCUCCGGCGGUGGUACUCACCGUGCCGGUCAGGCCGCUUUCGGUAACAUGUGCCGUUCCGGCCGCAUGUUCGCCCCCACCAAGAUCUGGCGCAAGUGGCACGUCAAGAUCAACCAGGGCCAGAAGCGCUUCGCUACUGCUUCCGCUCUUGCCGCCUCUGCCGUGGCUCCCCUCCUGAUGGCCCGCGGCCACCAGGUCGCCACCGUUCCCGAGGUUCCCCUGGUCAUCGACUCCUCCGCCGUUGCCGGUGAGGCCGUCGCCAAGACCGCCGCUGCCUUCGGCCUCCUGAAGGCUGUUGGCGCUGGUGCCGACGUCGAGAAGGUCAAGGGCUCCAAGAAGGUCCGUGCCGGCAAGGGCAAGCUCAGAGGCCGCCGCCACCGCCAGCGCCGUGGUCCUCUGGUCGUCUACAGCGCCGAGGCCGAUGGCAAGGAUCUCGUCAAGGGUUUCCGCAACAUCACUGGUGUCGAGACCUGCCCGGUCGAUGCCCUCAACCUCCUCCAGCUUGCUCCCGGCGGCCACCUCGGCCGCUUCAUCGUGUGGACUUCGGCUGCCAUCAAGCAGCUCGACUCGGUCUACGACAGCAAGAAGGGCUUUUUCCUCCCGUCCAGCGUUGUUGCGCAGGCCGACCUUACCCGUCUGAUCAACAGCUCCGAAAUCCAGAGCGUCCUCCGCGCCCCCAAGGGCGAUGCCCGUACCAAGCGCGGCGCUGUCCAGAAGAAGAACCCGCUCAUCAACAAGCAGGUUCAGCUCCGCCUCAACCCGUACGCCAAGACCUUUGCGAAGGAGAAGCUGGGUGAGCUCAAGGCGGACGAGGGCAAGCCUCAGCCUCCCACGGCGGCUUUCAAGGAGCAGCUGCACGAGGUUUAAGCUGGGGUUGUUAAAAGGACGGGAGUGGUUGCGGGAACUUUAUUCGGCGUAACGGAUUAAGCAUGUGUAAACGCACAUCAAUGAAUUCUGAUACCGACAUGGCAUUUGCUUUGUGACACAAACUACCUACGCUUUCCCAAGAGCAGACCUCGAUAUUGAAUGAGAGUUUCGAGUGGGCAGCAGCA